UCUUUUCUUGGAUUCCCUCCUCCUGUACUGCCUGCUCCUCCCAUUACAUUCAGUCUCCUGCUGGCUCCGUCUGCCUUCACAAACCACCACUUAGACUUUGCUAGGGAAAGAGUAAAGACACAUCAAAACCUCUAGGAAAGAAACCGCAGGACUUGUUCACCUCUUCGUCCUCACACACUCCACAAAGCUCUUCAGCCAUGAUUGGAUUCAGCUGAAAUCCAGAGAGCCACCAUUGUGCCCAAGAAAGGGACAUCUUUUCCAGAGAAGUAGAUACACUAAAUUUCUGUAAUGGUAUUUUAUUUAUGAACUCCCCUUUGGAUAGAAGUGCAGGUGCUUUAAAGUUUGCCCUACAAAUCCAGGGGAAAUGAAUGUUUUCGUAAAGAACAAGACGGGUUCCACGUUCCUCUGUGGCUAUUUUUUGUUGAGGUCAAUCCUGGCCGAUUUCACGUUAGACAAUGAGGUCCACUCCAGCUUUAUCCAAAGGAGGUUGCGAAGCCAGGAACGCAGGGAGAUGCAGAGGGAGAUCUUGUCCAUUUUGGGUCUACCACACAGACCAAGACCACAUUUAUAUGGGAAACAGAACUCCGCUCCAAUGUUCAUGCUGGAUUUGUACAAUGCAAUGACCAUAGAAGAGGAGGAGACUGAAGGAUACUCUUAUCCAUACAAGCCCAUCUUCACCACACAGGGUCCACCACUUGCCAGUCAACAGGACAGCAACUUUCUCAAUGAUGCUGAUAUGGUUAUGAGUUUUGUCAACUUAGUGGAACAUGACAAAGAGUUUUUUCAUCAGAGACGUCACCAUCGGGAGUUCCGGUUUGACCUUGCUAAAAUACCAGAGGGUGAAGCUGUGACAGCUGCCGAAUUCAGGAUAUAUAAAGAUUAUAUUCGAGAGCGGUUUGACAAUGAAACUUUCCAGAUCAGUAUUUACCAGGUCCUGCAAGAACAUCAAGGAAGGGAUUCAGAUCUGUUCCUGCUGGACUCGAGGACAAUCUGGGCAGCCGAAGAGGGCUGGCUGGUCUUCGAUAUUACAGCAACGAGUAAUCACUGGGUAUUGAUUCCACAGCAAAACCUUGGCUUGCAACUGUCUGUAGAGAGCAAUGAUGGACAAAGCAUCAACCCCAAAAUGGCUGGUCUGAUUGGAACUAAUGGACCCCACAAUAAACAACCCUUCAUGGUGGCAUUUUUUAAAGCCACUGAGAUUCACCUGCGCAGCAUCCGAUCAACAGGCGGAAAACAGCGUAACCAAAACAGAUCAAAAGCACCAAAGAGCCAGGAGGCGCUGCGAGUGGCAAAUGUAGCAGAGAACACUAGUACGGAUCAGAAGCAAGCCUGCAAGAAACAUGAGUUGUAUGUCAGUUUCCGAGACCUGGGAUGGCAGGAUUGGAUUAUAGCCCCUGAAGGUUACGCUGCGUAUUACUGUGAAGGAGAAUGUGCCUUUCCCUUAAACUCCUACAUGAAUGCAACAAACCAUGCUAUUGUACAAACACUGGUUCAUUUUAUAAACCCGGACACAGUACCAAAGCCAUGUUGUGCGCCCACACAGCUCACCCCAAUCUCCGUCCUUUACUUUGAUGAUAGCUCUAAUGUGAUACUUAAGAAAUACAGGAACAUGGUGGUCAGGACCUGCGGAUGCCAUUAAACCGGAACACUAAGCGGCAUCUUCAGUCUUCGUUGUCAGUCUUUCUUACAAUGGGCCUCAAAACGCAGGACAUUGCGUGAUCAGAAAAACUGGAUUUAUUUUUUUCUGUUUAGCUUGGGGUCAUAUAUUUUUUUUUUUUACUUGCAUUGCGACAAGGUCAAAGACUACCUGUUGUGCUUAGCUAUUCCACCUGGCUGUCUGUAUGUACUCAAUAGCAGGGACACUCCCACUUUGUUGCAGGACUUGUUUUGAAAGGGGAACCCAAAGCUGUCUUUGGAGGUCAACUAAACCUAGCUAUAUGGAUUAUAUAAUUUACAAUUAACUCAUUGUAUUAUCAUUGCAAUGUGAAUUUUUUCGUUAGCAUUCUGUUUGCCAAACUCAGAUGAUAAUUCAUUAAGAUCUAUGAUAUUGCAUUGAAAUUACUGAGAUGGUGGUGAGAAGAUAAUCCAGAGAGAAUGCAGAAGAAGCUGGUUGAAGAUAAGCAAAAGAUUUUGGGAGAUGAAAUCAAUCAAUGAGACUCCAGUUACUUUGGUCAUUUCAUUCUGUGUUAUAUGUUGAUUAAGUUAAUUUAAUAACAAACCGUUCAUCAAAAGCUUGAUACUGAGCUUUAAGGUUUGCCACCUUAAAUGUACAGGAUAGUCGGACAGUCCAUGGAUGCCAACAUUUCAUUUUGGUCUUGUGCAGAGUGGCUGCUACAGAUAAGGUGGGCGAUUAUACAGACCCUUCUGACCUGGAAGCAGAUUGUUAAGUAUAGAGACAAUUCUAGACUAUUUGUUAUUUUUAUGAGAUUUUAUUUUUCAGUGACCAUCGUCAGAUCCACUAAAUGGCUUCUUGUAAAACUAUGUACAGGUUGGAAAUAAAUUGAUCUCCUUAUGUC